AUGCAAGUCCUGAGCCUCCUCUACCGCCAAUUACAAGCCGCCCGCCACCUGGAGGGAGAACACCUCAUCGCCUGCCCAAGAGCCUUCCAACCACACGAAAUAUUUGACAGUUGGGAAGAAGACCUUGAGCUUGGUGUUGGCGUUACUUUUCAAUCCAUUGAAAACCUAUGGCUGCAAGGAUCUCAAUCUCACUGCCCUGGAACUAGGACAGCAACAACUGUUAUAGAACAAGCAGCUCUGGGCCGACCUUUCCAAUUGGGAAUGUUGUAUGACUGCCGAUCAGAUUUUCUGAUUCCAGGUGUCACAUUGUGGGAUUUAGAGAUUCUGCAGAAAGAUCUUGAAAUAAGGCUUCAGCCUGAGACCGAAUUUGACGUCAUUGCAUCCGACUCCACUGAUACGAAAGCCUCUGCGCUGAAUGUGGAUGGAUCAUUGAAAGCAAGUUUCUUGUGCGGCUUGGUGGAAGUGGCAGGAUCAGCGAAAUAUCUCAAUGACACAAAGAGAUCGAGGCAACAAGCCCGAGUGACCCUUCAGUACCGAGCAACAACCAGGUUUGAGCAGCUGACAAUGAGCCACUUGGGGCUGCAGAAUAUAACCCAUCCGAAUGUGUUUGAUGAGGGGACAGCAACUCACGUGGUUACAGCAGUGCUGUACGGGGCUCAGGCUUUCUUUGUGUUUGAUCAAGAGGUCUCUGCAACAGAGAACCUGAAGGACAUUCAGGGUCACCUUAAGGGGAUAGUUAACAUGAUUCCGACUAUUGCAAUCGAGGGUCAGGUCUCCCUAGAAAUGGCAGAGGAACAAAUAUCCAAUGCCCAGAAAUUCAGCUGCACAUUUCAUGGGGAUUUCUUCCUGGAAAACAAUCCCACCACAUUCCAAGAUGCUGUCAAAAUCUACACAACCCUCCCAAAGUUACUGGGAGAUGAUGGAGAGCACGCAGUGCCCAUGAGGGUCUGGCUCUACCCACUCAACAAACUGGACUCCAAAGCUGCUCAGCUGGUACGGGACAUAAGUAUCGGAUUGCUCAAUGACUGCCAGUCUGUGCUGGAGCAGCUCAGUGAGACGGUGAUCAGAUGUAAUGAUAUGAUGAGAGACAGUGUCACUGUUCAAUUUCCAGAGAUCGGGGACAGGAUACUGAAAUUCCGAGAGAUGUGUCUGGAGUACAGAGUGGUUUUCCAGAAAGCUUUAUCCAGCGUGUUACCAUCUAUCCGUGGAGGUGGGGAGGAGGAAGGGUCACUGGUGAAUAUUCUGAAGAACAAGGAACAGUCACCAUUCAAACACCAGGCACUGAGCAAAUGGCUGGAUGACAGGAAGGAGGAAAUGUAUAUGGUGAGGUAUUACCUCAGUAUAUUAAAGGAUAUAUACACUGUAAAAUCAAGAAGUGAGUUAUAUCACAAAGUGUUUGGCCUAGAAAGAGAGAAUCUGGUCUGCUUCACAUUCACAUCCCUGCAGCAAGAGGAUUUCUAUCUGUCAGAAGCAGACAGCUACCUACAGUCUCACACAGCUGAGAAAAUGCAGGUACCAGAUCCUGCUAACCAGGUCAGUGCAGAACAUCACAACCAGCAGUGGUUUCACUCAGAGUCUGUAUCCCAGAAGAUGAGGGAGCUCUCUGACUCAUUCCUGGAUUUUGCCACAGCGAACAGAGCACAAGGGAAAACAAAGUUCAUUGUUGCAUCUGUGCAGGAUGACAGUAAUGUGGGAGCAUCGAUUUACCUGUAUGGGGGAGGGUUUGUGGUGAAUCACUGCUUCACACCCCCAUCACAGCCGGAGAGACCUGUGGUCAGUGGAACAUCACAUGACAGUGUGACUCUCCAAUUACAGCCACCGAGACAUGGAGCUGGGGAGACUGUUGGGUACAGGGUGGAAUACCGAAACAUCCAACAGGAGGAAUGGAAAACUGUGGAUACUCCUGAUAAAUCUGAAUCCAUCACAAUUCCUGGGUUACAGCCACAUCAGGAAUAUCAAUUCCAAUACAGAGCAGUGACCAAGGUCGGGGUCAGCAAGGCCAGUGAGAGUUCCUGGGUCACCACACGUCCUACAAGCCCACCUGGUAAACCUUUACCAUCCCAGCUUUACUGGGAUGAUGCAUCACUCACCUGGGACAGGCCAACUGAGCUUGGAGCUGGUGUUAAUAUUGUUCAGUACAGGAUUGAAUAUAGAGAAGGAAAGGCAGGUCCCUCCAGCACAGAGAAUGCAUUGUGGGAGGAAAUAAGGACAACAGACAGUGAAUGUUGUUGUACUUUAGAGGGAUUGAUACCCAACACCAUCUACAGAGUGCGAGUGUCUGCUGACUGUGGAGAAGGAGGUUCUAGUGAACCAAGUGAGGAGCUUUUAAUAGAAACUAAAAAUCAACCAAAGAGACUGGCUGUGAAACUUCUCAGAGAAUGUACAUUAACAGCCAGGGGGAACCCUCCCAUUUACACACUGCCCUUACAGAAGAAGGUAUUUGAUAAGGCUGGACACCUUGUAAAAUGCUCCUUUGGAAAACCCACUGGAAAACACAGUGUGAGGACAAUCAUGGUUCUUGGAGCAACAGGAGCAGGAAAAACAACCCUCAUCAAUGGGAUGGUCAACUACAUCCUGGGUGUGGGAUGGGAGGACAACUUCAGAUACAAAUUAAUCAAUGAAGGGACAGGAAGAUCCCAGGCUGAAAGUCAGACAUCAUCAAUCACUGCCUAUGAACUGCACUAUCGAGCAGGAUUCCAGAUUGAUUACUCUGUCACUAUCAUCGACACUCCAGGAUUCGGAGAUACCAAGGGGAUAAUCCGAGAUAAAUUGCUCACUGAUCAGAUCCGAGAGUUCUUCACUUCCCCAGAUGGUGUCGAUCAGAUCGAUGCCGUGUGUUUUGUUGCUCAGGCCUCUUUGGCUCGUCUGACCCCGACACAGAAAUAUGUCUUUGAUUCAAUUCUUUCCAUUUUUGGUAAAGAUAUUGCAGAGAACAUCCGAAUCCUGGUGACAUUUGCAGAUGAUCAGGCUUCCCCUGUUCUGGAGGCCAUCAAUGCUGCUGAGGUACCGUGUCCCAAAGAUAAAAAAGGUUUCCCAGUUCACUUCAAGUUCAACAAUUCAGCCAUAUUUGCUCAAAGACACGUUCCUGGUAACUCUGUUAACAAUACAAGCCCAGAUAUUGUUAGUAAGGAGGAGGAAGAUGAAGCAUAUGACAAUAGCUUUGCUGCAAUGUUCUGGAAGUUGGGACUGAACAGCAUGAGGAAAUUCUUUUCAGUUCUGAGCAAAAUGGAAACAAAGAGUUUACGUUUAACAAAUGAGGUCCUGAGGGAGCGUCAGCAACUGCAGGCUGCAGUAGAGGGAUUGCAGCCUGUGAUCAAAGUGAGUUUAACAAAACUGGAGGAGAUCAGGAGGACAGAACAGGCUCUGAAACAACACCAGAUCAAUCUAGAUGCAAAUAAGGAUUUUGAGUAUGAAGUUCAAAGCACAGUUCCAGUGAAGAUGGAUAUCAGUGGGAGCGGCAAUUACAUAACCAACUGUCAGAAGUGUAAUUUCACCUGUCACUAUCCCUGUGCCAUUCCUAAUGAUGAUGGCAAAAAGGGAUGUAUAGCAAUGAACCAGAAUGGAUACUGCAAAGUCUGUCCAAAUAAGUGUACUUGGUCUGUUCAUUUCAACCAAAAGUACAAAUUUGAAUAUGAAACCAGAAAGGAGAAGAGAACAUAUAGGGAGCUGAAAGAAAAGUAUGAGAAGGAAACCGGUGAAAAGAUGACACAAGAGAAAAUCUUGAAGCAACUUCAGCAGGAAUUUGCUGAGGUUAUGGAUGUGGUGUUGAAACUGAUUGCAAUGUCAAACCAGUGCAUUUUAAGACUUGAGGAAAUAGCUCUCAGACCAAACCCAUUAUCAACCCCAGAAUACAUUGAUCUGCUGAUUCAAUCUGAGAAAGAGGAAGCAAAGCCUGGGUUCCUGGACAGAAUCCAGUCACUGAUCGAAGUCAAGGAACAGGCUGAAUUAAUAGCAAAGGUUGCUGGAAAAGAGGAGCUGUUACCAAAGGAAUCAAAACCAUAUCAAGCUAAAAUGGACAAUAAACCACUUCAACCUGAUAAAAUAAUCCAUCAGGCAUGGAAAUGGAUCAAACAGCAGGUAGAGAAUCGCUGGGAAGGCAGGCCAAAAGCUCUUGAGUGAAGUCCCACCUGCUCCAAAGAUGGGUAAUGACACCUCUGAACAGGUUGAUUAGAAGAUAUAUCAAAAACAAUCUUUAAAAUUGAAUAUUUUAAAGUAUGUUUAAUAUAUACAUUUACUAUAAUACCCAAAUGAUCAUUUAGGCUUUUACUCCACUGAUUUAACUAAGUCUACCAAGCACUUUCCCAUAUGGAGAAUACUUGCUUCUCUCAUAAACUAAGGUCUAAUUCUAUUUCAUUGAUGUGAAGUAAUUCCAUCCAGAUAUUUCCAAUUUGAACAACAGACACUCCCUUGCAUUACACCCAGAGAAAGCAAGAGAGAGGUCCAAAACCUCUGUGUAAAACCUCCAGUUCUCUGUUCAAGUUGCUUUUUCCAAUGGACUUUUGUUGGACUUUAAAAUUUCACCCACUCAACUCAGAAGAAGAUGACUGUUCCCAGGAUUAUCCAGCUACCACCAGGCAUAAAGCGAAAAACCACUCCCUGGCGUGUGAUCCAUUUUUUAUCAUAACCCCAACCAAACCAACACAAAGGACUUGAAGAUGAAGUUUCUGCCUCAGCCAAUUCCAAACAAAGGAAACCAUCAAAACCCACUAUUAUUUCACUUGGCAAAAAAUGUCCAUAAUUAUCUAUCACCAAACACGACAGGUUUUGGACAGGACAUCAAAACUCAUGAGAAUAAUGUUGUGUAAGUUGCAAGGGUUGUUAUGGAGCUGCAAUUCAUUGGUCAUAAAUAACAUGUGGAUGGAGCUAAAGUCCACCAAACAGGGCUACAGUAUGGACAUGAAUAAAAUGGAUAAUAAAAGAUUGGAGGUCGAUAUAUCAAGGAUUAUCAUGUUCUGCAGUGUUUAGUUUAAACGUAAAAUAAAUUUUGUCACUUUGAAAUCUAAGCCUGAAGAUGUUCUUGACUUAGUCUGCUUGAGGACAAAGCUGUCUUGAAACCAAACUCAUAACAUGGCAUCAAACCGCACAAAAGCUGGUGGCAGCUAUGAGAAGCAUGGCUUGGAAUAACUAAGUGUAGAUCAAGAAACAGACCUGAGACUUCAAGAAGAGAAAAAUUCAAAAUAUAUAUUUUUGCAAAAAAAAAUUAUCUACACAGCUUUAAGAUCAGCUCACAACCAGAAAAGCUGCAGAGCUGAAAGAACACCACCAGCACUGACUAAGCCAGAAACACUAACAUCAACCGUCUUCUCACCCCUACUGAGACUUCCUUAUUGGGCAGUGACUCGAAAGAAAUGCUUGGAUUUACAUAUUAAUCAAUCGAAACCUGACGUCCAUUCUAACUGAUUAAAACUUAACAACUAUCUAAGUUUGUUCAUUACACUCACAUCAAUUGUAUAACCCUUUGAUCUUUUACCUAUAAAUUCUAUGUCCGAUUAUAUAAACAUAUAUUCCUCACUAACACCUAAAGGACCAAAGCUCCAAAAGCCUGUGUUUUCAAAUAAAUCUG